CGCCACCGCCGGGCCUGUCCGUCCGCCGCCGUCCACGGCCGUCACUAGCCGUUUCCACGGGCAUCAGAGGUCAGCUGAGACCGCUGACAAGAGAGCUGACCCGAGACCGCAGGGCUCGAUCCUGAGCCCGCUUCUGCCGCUGCGGUACUUCCCAGCAUCGGCGCCGUAGACGGACGGCUGACAGCACCAGCGGCACCAGCACCCGACCAUGGCCAGCUACGGCGCGCAGGCGGACCCGGAGCCCAUCUAUAUGAGCCCGUCGGAGGUGGCGCAGGGGCGCAAGCACGCCGCGCGUGCCGACGACGCCGACUCGGUCAUCUCAGACGUGUCGUCGCUGUCGAUGCUGGCCGAGGAGCCGAGUCAAAGCGCCGAAGAGGCCAAGUACCAGCAGCUGAAGCGGACGCAUGAGCUGCGCGAGAAGCUCAAGAGCUGGGAGCUGACGGGGACGGACGGGGGCCAGCAGCAGCAGGACAGCCAGCUCAUGACGUCGGCUGAGAGCGGUGUCUUCAUCGAGGAGCUGCAGGACUUCGAGCAGGCCAAGUCAGACCAGCGCGGUGCGUCGCUGCUGAAGCCGGGUGAACUGUCGCUGGCGCUGGACUCGCCGGCCGGCCAGGCGCGCAUCAGCCAGGUCCGGCUGCGCCACUCCACGCCGAUGAACACCGUCAUCAUGUUCGUGCCACAGCAGGAGGCCUGGAUAGUGGAGCGCAUGGGCAAGUUCAGCAAGGUGCUGGAGCCAGGCAUGGCCAUGCUAGCGCCGCUCGUGGACCGCGUCAAGUACGUGCACAAUCUGCGCGAGAUGCCGAUCGAGCUGUGCAACAUCCCGGGUGUCACCGAAGAUAACGUGCUGUUGAACAUUGACGGCGUGCUGUUCCUGCGCGUCGUCGACCCCUACAAGGCCAGCUACGGCGUUGAAGAUCCGGAAUUUGCCAUCACACAGCUGGCCCAGACCACCAUGAGGUCGGAGCUGGGCAAGAUCCAGCUGGACAAGGUCUUCCGAGAGCGCGAGAGCCUGAACAUCGCCAUCGUCGACUCCAUCAACAAGGCCAGCGAGUCCUGGGGCAUCACCUGCCUGCGAUAUGAGAUUCGCGACAUCAAGCUGCCGCACAACGUGCAGGAGGCGAUGCAGAUGCAGGCGCAGGCGGAGCGCAAGAAGCGGGCCGCCAUCUUGGAGUCGGAGGGCGUCCGCAUGGCCGAGAUUAACAUGGCCGAGGGCCAGAAGCAGAGCGUGAUUCUUGCCUCAGAGGCGGCGCGCGCCGAGCUGGUGAACAAGGCGGAGGGCGAGGCGGAGGCGCUGCUGGCUGUGGCGCGCGCGCGCGCCCAGUCGCUGGCCGUCAUCUCGGAGGCGCUCUCACUGCCGAACGGCCAGAACGCCGCCUCGCUGGCCAUCGCCGAGCAGUACGUGCGCGCCUUCCAGAGUCUGGCCAAGAGCAGCAACACCAUGCUGCUGCCGGCCGACACGGGCAACAUGGCCGGCAUGGUGUCACAGGCCAUGGCCAUAUACGGCUCCGUAACCGGCAGGAACGCCGCCGCCGCGAUAGAUGGCAGCACCGCCGUGCCGCCAGAUGGCAAGAUGGGCGCGCGGCCAGCCAGCGGCUCGGUGACGGAGAGCGUGACCACAGGAAUGUCGGACGGGCCGACUGGCAUGAGCUAGGCGAGACGCCGGGGAUAGUGAGAUCAGUGCGGGACGGACAGUCAGACAGGGUCGCUAGCACGAUUCGCGGUGGGCCGAGCGAGCGGUACGCCUUGUCGCCGUCCGUGAGUUUCGCGUGAAGCGGGACGGGUACUUUCCAGUGUGAUCACGGCAGGCAGUGCGGUGUCGAGAGCGAGCGGCCGCAUCUACCGGCCACGAAGCGCCACAGUACUGGCGAGGGCCCGGGUGCAGCGGGAUGAUAGCUCUGCGGCAUUGGUUACGGCGGCG